CUUCUCCCGCAGCAGAUCCCGAGCGGGCCGGGUCUGCGGGACCCUAGAGCUGCAGGUCAGGGCCCACGGAGAUGUGGGGGAGGAGGGGGUCGGUAGCUCUGCAAUCUCCCCCUGUCCUGGGCAGCCCGGUGCUGCGGGAUUGAUUGGGGUGGGGGGUGCUCUCUCAACCCCCCCCUCCCGGGGACGCUCCGGAUUGGCAGGACCCCAGGCCGCGGCAAUCAAUGGGUGGACCUGGGCGGCGGGGUCUCUGGCACCAGCUGAUGGGGAUUUGCUGGGACCUGUAAGCGCCCAGCGCAGCUCUCUGGGGCUCCCGCUCGCACAAUGAACCCUUGCUAAGGGGCGGGGGGGGCAGAAGGGGGCCGGCUGAGGGCUGGGCGCCAGGGAGAAGAACCGGAGCGACAGGGAAACACGCAGGCACCCACCGGCGCGCUGUGCCCUGCCCGCCCCCCUGCCAGGGGCCAGCUCAGCCCGGAGCCCGCAGGCUGGAGCCGCGCAAGGUGUGGGUCUCCUCGGGCAGGUAACAUGGAGCAGCUGAACUGACCUGAGGAGCCAUCCCAGCUUGCCCAGAAUGGGCUGUGUGUAUUGCAAGGAGAAGGGGUCGAAUAAAGGCCAGACGGAGAACGUCGAUGGCACAACCAGCUCGGCAUCGAAAUCCUGCUACGGCCCUGACCCGACCCAGCAGAAUCCCGCCAGCAGCUUCACCCACAUCCCUGACUUUAACAACUUCCACAGCACACCCGCCAGCACCGCCGGCGCCCCCUUCAUGGGCCCCAGCCUCUAUCCCAACAGCACCUUGCACGUGCGUGGAGGGGGGAUCACAGGCGGGGGGGUGACUCUUUUCAUUGCCUUGUACGAUUACGAAGCCCGGACGGAGGAUGACCUGACAUUCCUGAAGGGGGAGAAAUUCCACAUUAUCAACAAUACUGAGGGCGACUGGUGGGAGGCGAGGUCCCUGAGCACAGGGGCCACGGGCUACGUCCCCAGCAACUACGUGGCCCCGGUGGACUCCAUCCAGGCGGAAGAGUGGUACUUUGGGAAGAUGGGGCGAAAGGACGCUGAGAGGCAGCUGCUGUGCCAGGGCAACCUCCGAGGGACCUUCCUCAUCCGGGAGAGCGAGACCACCAAAGGUGCCUAUUCCCUGUCCAUCCGGGACUGCGACGAGACUAAGGGCGACCACGUGAAGCACUAUAAGAUCCGGAAGCUGGAUAACGGGGGCUAUUACAUCACCACGCGGGCCCAGUUCGAGACCAUCCAGGAGCUGGUCCAGCAUUACAGAGAGCGAGCUGCAGGCCUGUGCUGCCGCCUGGCCGUGCCGUGCCACAAGGGGAUGCCCAAGCUGGCAGACCUGUCUGUCAAAACCAAAGACGUGUGGGAGAUCCCGCGAGAGUCGCUGCAGUUGAUCAAGAAGCUGGGCAAUGGGCAGUUUGGGGAAGUGUGGAUGGGCACGUGGAACGGCACCACCAAGGUGGCAGUGAAGACGCUGAAGCCGGGAACCAUGUCCCCGGAGGCCUUCCUGGAGGAGGCCCAGAUCAUGAAGCUGCUCCGGCAUGACAAACUGGUGCAGCUGUACGCCGUGGUGUCGGAGGAGCCCAUCUACAUCGUCACCGAGUUCAUGAGCCAGGGGAGCUUGCUGGAUUUCCUGAAGGACGGGGAUGGCCGGUUCCUGAAGCUGCCCCAGCUGGUGGACAUGGCAGCCCAGAUCUCGGCUGGCAUGGCCUACAUCGAGCGGAUGAACUACAUCCACCGGGACUUGCGUGCUGCCAACAUCCUGGUGGGCGACAACCUGGUGUGUAAGAUCGCGGACUUUGGCCUGGCCCGCCUCAUCGAGGACAAUGAGUACACGGCGCGCCAAGGUGCCAAGUUCCCCAUCAAGUGGACAGCCCCGGAGGCUGCUCUCUAUGGGAGGUUCACUAUCAAGUCGGACGUGUGGUCCUUCGGCAUCCUCCUGACUGAGCUCGUCACCAAGGGCCGCGUGCCCUACCCAGGCAUGAAUAACCGGGAGGUGCUGGAGCAGGUGGAGCGGGGGUACCGCAUGCAGUGCCCCAGCAGCUGCCCCCAAUCCCUGCACGAGUUGAUGGUGCAGUGCUGGAAGAAGGAGCCCGAGGAGCGCCCCACUUUCGAAUACCUCCAGUCCUUCCUGGAAGACUAUUUCACUGCCACAGAGCCUCAGUACCAGCCGGGGGACAACCAGUGAGCCCCACUCUCUGAGCCAACCGGCCAUGCCCAGGGGCCCUUCUCUGCAGCGGCUGCACCGGGCCAGGACUUCCCAGGUGGCACUAGGCCAGGACUCACCAUGCCAGCCAGCCGUGCCCAGGCGGCACCAGGCAAGGACUUCCCUCUCUGGACAAUCUGGGCCAGACCCUUUUUUUAUAGUCCCCUUUUGGGGGUUUUGUUACUUUCCUGCCAUCUGCGCUCCCCUCGCUCUGCCCCAGGGCGGAUGGUGCUUUGCACAAAUGCCUCCUAUUCUAAUGAGGAUCCCAGCCCAGGGCCAUUCUUGAGGAGGUGGGGAGCUGAGUGAGGCUGCCCUGCAGCCCCCUUGUUGCUCUCCCAUGGAGAAAUCUCCCCCUCCCAUUUCCAGCUGCCUUCAACACCUACCUCUUAAUGCGAGAGGUUUUUUUUUUUUCCCCUGGGGAGCAAUGAGGCCAUGCUGCCCGCAGGGGCCAGAGGCCAGCCCAGCCUGCAGACAUUGGCCCCCUGAGCUUGGAGGGAUGCUCUCAGUGUGGGGGCCCUGGGUUUCGGAGGUGGCAGUGGCCGGUCCUGCUGCGCCUCAGUGGCCUUGGACUGGGCUGGGUCAGGGCCAUCGUCCCCCAACUGGAUUGCAGCAGCUUUGGAGUGUGUCCGUCAGGUCAUUCUCUCCUGGGGCUGAUGUCUGCACCCUGUCUCCAGCCCCCCAACUCUUGAGCGUCAGACAUGUGUUGUCCCGCUCCGCCCGCCUGGCUCUGGCCAGCUGCUGGUGGCGCCAACUCCAGGAGGGGGGCACCAUCUGCCACAAGUGCCUGGGGCAGAGGAGGGGGUCUUUGCUUCCCAUGGCCUGGGCACCCCACGGCACCCCCAAACUGAGUCAAAGACCUUGCCGAAGCUCCUCACCUGCCAUGGAAGGCUUGGAUGGAGGCUGGGAGAGGGGAUGUGUGGAAGGUAACCGGUUCCCCCCCUCGCAGCCCAGGCAGGUACCCUUACCCCCAGAGGGUGGGGACAGGUGGGUGGGGGUCCUUCCAUCUCUAGGAGCCCCCAUCUCACUCGGGGGCUAGGGCAGGCUGUUGCCCAGCUUGUGCCAUCACGGCGAGCCCCUCGCUGCCAGUCCUAACGUGCUGUGGAACCUGUGGGGGCAGAAGCCCAUUGCUGGCCGCUCCCCCAGGGAGUCUUCAAGCCUCCUUGGGUAGCAUUACAAAGCCUGGGGGUCAGGAAGUGU